AUGUCUCCGCCUCGCAUCCACGGUAGCCGACACCCGACUCGCAAACAAAGCGCGAAUCUUGUCGCGUCAUUAUCGUUUGCGUUCUUCCUCAUCCUUUCGAUUAUUCUCCUAGUUCCGGUGGGCGUCAAGGCCGAAGAAGCUCAAGCCCACCCCGAGUAUGGAUCUGUCAUCGGAAUUGAUUUGGGCACCACUUAUUCUUGUGUCGGGGUAUACAAAGGAGACCGUGUUGAAAUCAUCGCCAACGACCAAGGAAACCGGAUAACACCCUCAUGGGUCAGUUUUAACGGCGAUGAACGAUUAAUCGGCGACAGUGCAAAGAACGCACUACACUCCAACCCGAAGAACACGAUUUUCGACGCGAAGCGGCUUAUUGGUCGCCGGACGGACGAGGCUGCGGUGAAGAGCGACCUCAAGCACUUACCCUUCAAAGUGACAGACAAGAACGGUAACCCAAAUAUCAAUGUCAAAUACAAGGGAGAGAACCGAGAAUUUACACCAGAGGAAAUUAGUGCGAUGAUUCUUGGAAGAAUGAAAGAGACUGCUGAGGCGUAUCUUGGCCACGGGGUUACUCAUGCCGUCGUCACUGUUCCGGCGUAUUUUAACGACGCACAACGUCAAGCCACGAAAAACGCCGGUGAAAUCGCUGGCCUUACUGUCCUCCGCGUCCUGAAUGAACCAACGGCUGCUGCACUCGCAUACGGACUCGGGAAAAAGGGGGAAGAGUCCAAGGUGAUUGUGUACGACCUGGGUGGAGGCACCUUCGACGUCUCCCUCCUCUCCAUCGAGGAUGGUGUUUUCGAGGUCUUGGCCACCGCCGGCGACACCCACCUUGGCGGAGAGGACUUCGACAACCGCGUCAUUGAAUACCUCGCGAAGAACUACGAGAAGAAGACGGGCACGGACGUGAAGAAGAACCAGCGCGCGAUGGGCAAGCUGAAGAAAGCGGUCGAGAAUGCGAAGCGCAUCCUGUCUAGUCAACAGAGCACCAAAAUCGACAUUGAGAGCUUCGAGAACGGAAACGACUUUUCGGAGACGCUGACGAGAGCGAAGUUUGAGGAGCUCAACCUUGAUUUGUUCAAGAAGACGAUGAAGCCCGUUGAGCAAGUCUUGAAGGACGCAGGUGUCUCGAAGAAGGAAGUUGAUGAGAUCGUACUUGUUGGUGGUUCGACCAGGAUUCCCAAGGUCCAACAACUUCUCAAGGAAUACUUCGGCAAAGAACCUUCGAAGGGCAUCAACCCAGACGAGGCUGUCGCAUACGGUGCUGCUGUUCAAGGAGCCAUCCUCGCCGGCGUCAAGGGCCAAACGAGUGAGGUCACUCUCCUCGAUGUCAACUCCCUUACUCUGGGCAUCGAAACCGCCGGUGGAGUUUUCGCGCGCAUCAUCGAGCGCAACACCGUGAUCCCUACCAAGAAGAGCCAGAUUUUUUCGACCGCUGCUGAUAACCAGCCCACUGUGACGAUCAAGGUAUACGAGGGUGAACGUGGACAGACCAAGUACAACCAUCUCCUCGGCCAGUUCGACCUUACUGGUAUCCCUCCAGCACCCAAGGGUGUUCCUCAAAUCGAAGUCACCUUUGAGCUCGAUGCCAACUCGAUCAUGACUAUUAGGGCUCUCGAUAAGGGAACUGGCAAGUCUGAACAGAUCGUCAUCUCCCAAGACAGCGGUCGUCUCUCGAAAGAAGACAUUGAUCGCAUGAUCGCGGAUGGAGAGAAAUUCGCCGAAGAGGACCAGCUCCACAAGAAGCGCACUGAAGCGCUCAACAGCCUCUCGACCUUCGUGUACGGGCUCAAGAACCAGCUCGCAGAGAAGGACGGUAUAGGUGCCAAGUUGAGCGCUGCCGACAAGACGAAACUCCAGGAAACCAUCAAGGAGGGCUCCGAGUGGAUCGACGAGCACGCAAGUGAGGCGAGCCUGGAGGACUUAGAGGAGAAGCUCGCUGACUUGCAGACGAGCGUGAACCCGAUCACGAGCAAGCUCUAUCAGAGCAGCGAUUCUGGACCAUCUAAUAACGACCCCGAUUGGGACCCAACAGACCAUACCGAAUUAUAA